AUUCCAGACCCCCCUUCAAGACUUCCUUCUCUUGUUCAUCCACUCCAGUCCGACUCCCUCGUUGUUGGACCUUUUUUCUUUACUUUCUCAAAACCAUCUAAUCCUUUGCUCUUCUUCUCUGCCUUUCCCCCUCGCACUCUCUCGGGGCUUGACCACGCUAUUCAUUCAUACACGCUUCCGCGACUUUUCGCGUCAACUAUUCCCGACAUACGAGCUCUUCAUUGCAGCCCGACCUCGUUGUAUCUUUGCAGCCGUACUCACGUCGAGCAAUAAUGAAGGGGUACACGCUCGUGUCCGCCCUUGCGGCCAUCGGCGCCGUCACGGCGUCUCCCACCCAGACCAAGAAGCAGGCCCCCAACAAGCGGGCCAAUCUGCCGACGGUCACUGCCUCGGGCAAUGCCUUCUGGACUGGCAAGGACCGAUUCUACAUCCGCGGCAUCGACUAUCAGCCCGGUGGUGCCUCGGCCAACGAGGACCCCUUGGCUGACCCCAAGCAGUGCAAGCGCGACAUCAAGCAGUUCGAGGAUCUCGGCGUUAACACUAUUCGCGUCUACGCCGUCGACAACUCCAAGGACCACGAUGAGUGCAUGAAGGCCCUGAGCGAUGCCAAGAUCUACCUUGUGCUCGAUGUCAACAACCCUCAAUACUCAAUCAACCGAAAGAAGCCUGCGCCCUCUUACAACGCCAUGUACCUUCAGAGCGUCUUCGCCACGGUCGAAAUGUUCGCCAAGUACGACAACACCCUCGCCUUCUUUUCGGGCAACGAGGUUAUCAACGACGAGAAGGACACCGACAAGUCGGCCCCCUUCGUCAAGGCCGUCACGCGCGACAUGAAGAACUACAUCAACUCUCGUGGUCUUCGCAAAGUCCCUGUCGGGUACUCGGCUGCCGAUGUCGCCUCCAACCGCAUGCAGACGGCACACUACAUGAACUGCGGCUCCGACGACAUGCGCUCCGACUUCUUUGCCUUCAACGACUAUUCCUGGUGCAAUAGCGACUUCAAGACGGCCGGCUGGGACCAGAAGGUCAAGAACUUCACCACCUACGGUCUCCCGAUUUUCCUUUCCGAGUGGGGUUGCAUCAAGAACCGCCCUCGUAAGUUCGAGGAGAUGGAGGCUCUGAUGAGCGACCAGAUGACGGGUGUCUACUCGGGCGGUCUCAUGUACGAGUACUCCGUCGAGGACAAUGACUUUGGCAUCGUCACCCUCAAGGGCGACAAUGUCGACAAGUCGGACGAGUUCGACCUGUACAAGAAGGCCCUCAAGGCUAAUCCCAUGCCCACGGGAUCCGGCGGCGCCGCCACCACGACCCAUGCUGUCGACUGCCCGACAUCGGAUGCCGGCUGGAAUGUCGAUCCCAGCAAGGUUCCUGAGAUGCCCAGCCAGGCGCAGAAGUACAUGAAGGAUGGUGCUGGCAAGGGCCCUGGUCUCGGAGGUGAUGGAUCCCAGAACGCCGGUGGCAGUGGCACCUCCACUGGCGAUGUGACGAGUGGCAAGCCUUCUCCGACGGCCAGCGGCUCUGGUGGCAACAAGGACAAUGCUGGCACCACGGUCCGCGGCGGCAUCGAGAAGGGUCCCAUCGUCGUUUCCGCUCUGGCGCUCGGCUUCACUCUGCUUGGCGCAUUGCUCCUGUAACAUGUGCCCUGCUGAGGUUGUUAGGUUUGAGGAGGAAGUGGAGGGUUCUUGACCCCAAGAUGUUUUUGGGUGAAUGGGUUGCGAAGAGAUGGCCUCUUUUGUCUUUAUUAGCGCGGAGGCUCAGUAGACGAGCGUGGAAUGUUCAGUCGGACGAAGUAGGUCGCCGACUGUGAGAGACGGUGCGUUUUGGCUCGCUUCGCAAUGGGCGUCUGGUCCGGGAAGACCACGGCUCAAGAGGACAAGGACAUUAUAAUUCAGUCUAGGCUUUGAGCCAUGUUUAUAC